AAAUAGAGGAUAACAAAAAUCUGUUUCUUUCGAUGAUCGUAACACUUUCUCUGUGAUUUUUCCCUUCUUCUGUUGUUGUUGAUCAUCGUGAUCAUCGUCUUUUCUUACAUGCGACCCAUGUCAGACACUCAGCAUGUACAGAGCUCCAUGGUGUCGAUUCGAUCUUCCGACAAAAUCGAAGAUGCCUUUAGGAAGAUGAAAGUAAAUGAGAACGGCGUGGAGGAAUCGAAUCCGUAUCCAGAUCGUCCCGGUGAAAGAGAUUGCCAAUUCUAUUUAAGAACUGGUCUCUGUGGCUAUGGAAGCAGUUGCCGUUACAAUCAUCCUACUCAUCUUCCACAGGAUGUUGCUUAUCACAAGGAGGAGCUCCCUGAGAGAAUUGGACAGCCAGAUUGUGAGUAUUUUCUGAAGACAGGAGCUUGUAAGUACGGCUCUACUUGUAAAUAUCAUCACCCAAAGGACAGGAACGGUGCACAACCUGUAAUGUUCAAUGUUAUUGGUUUACCUAUGCGUCAGGGUGAGAAGCCAUGUCCGUAUUACCUGCGAACGGGAACUUGCAGAUUCGGAGUUGCUUGCAAAUUCCACCAUCCUCAACCUGAUAAUGCUCAUUCUACUGCAUAUGGAAUGUCUAGCUUUCCUUCUGCAGGUUUACAAUAUGCUAGUGGAUUAACAAUGAUGUCUACAUAUGGAACUUUGCCUCGUCCGCAAGUUCCUCAGUCCUACGUGCCAAUCAUGGUUUCUCCCUCUCAAGGCCUUUUACCUCCUCAAGGCUGGGCCCCUUACAUGGCUGCAUCUAACUCCAUGUACAAUGUGAAGAAUCAACCUUAUUACUCCGGUUCUAGUGCAUCCAUGGCCAUGGCUGUGGCUUUGAACCGUGGUUUGUCAGAAAAUUCUGAACAACCAGAAUGUCGGUUUUUUAUGAACACCGGGACAUGUAAAUACGGAGAUGAUUGCAAAUACAAUCAUCCCGGAGUAAGGAUUUCACAACCACCACCAAAUCUUAUAAACCCUUUUGUUCUUCCAGCGAGACCUGGACAACCAGCUUGUGGUAACUUCAGGUCUUAUGGAUUCUGCAAGUUCGGAACAAACUGCAAAUUCGACCACCCGAUGGUGCCAUAUCAGGGCCUGACCAUGGCUUCUUCUCUGCCUACUCCUUAUGCUUCACUUGUUUCAACCCAUCAGAGGAUCUCACCAUCGCCAAACCGCUCUGAUUCGAAGUCUCUUUCAAAUGGUAAACCUGACGUGAAGAAGGAAAGCUCAGAGACUGAGAAACCAGACAAGGAUUCUGGACAAUUGAAUAACUCAGAAGUGCAGGAUUUGUCUGAGAAUCCGUUAUCACCAUGAUCAUGAUUCUUGAAGACCCCCAUGAUCUCUCUCUGCCCUUUUUUUGUUAAUUUUUGUGGAAGAGGAGGGGAGGUGAAAAGUGUUUCUUUGCUCUUUUUUCUUGGAGAUGGCCAUGGUUGAAAUUGAAAACAAUAUAGGAUGAAACCAGUUGAUGUCACAGUUUUCUCUUCUGUUUUUACUCUGUUAAUAAAUUUUACAUCAGAGG